CGACGCGGCACUGCAAAAGUGUGAUGGAGAAAGUGAGGGAUGGAUUGAUUAAGUGACUUAUUGUGUGACUGAAGAUGAAGAGUGCGGUGUCGUUGCGGUGAGUGAGGGAUCGAAAGGUUGCCACUUCAGAAUUGUUUGCUGCUCAGUCAAUUCACCAGACCCACUUUUUCCGGCAGGUGCGCGAGACUGUUUUGUUUCUUCUCGCACCACAACAAUACAACGCUCGCACAACACGUUUACGACAGUGCGCGCUCCCGCACAAGCGACUUCCGCGCAGCAGGCGCACAACACACCAUGGCGCGUCCGCAGCGCUCGCGCCGUCAAUCUGACGCCGCACGCCCUCAGCAGCAAGAUUCAAUGGUUCGCCAUGUCGCUGUUGACUAUGGCACCACCAAACUACAUGGAUGUUUCCGGAUUGGUGCUGCCGAUCAAGCGCCGAAAGAUGAGGACAUCAUCGAUCUCGAGUUCGAUGGACAAGCUGCCGCGGUACCCCAAAAGCUUGCGUUUGAUGACGAGGGGCGAUUUUAUUGGGGUUGGCAAGUGGAGCGCAUGCUGGCACGAAAGGAACUGAGGCACGAUCAGGUGAUUGAACACUUGAAGCUUCUUUUCUACCCAAGAUCCCUCGAAGACUCGCUUUUUGCAAGAACGGCUCGAGACAGGCUGGACGAGCUUGAUCCUGCUUGGCUCGGCUGUUCGGAAGAUGCCACCUUGGAAGUGAAGAAAGUCGCCUUACUUGCUCUGCAUCUCCGUGUUAUACUGGAACGAGUGGAGGCCUAUGUUGUGGACAGCAUCAAGUUCAAGCUUGAAGUCGACGAAGAGUCAGCUCGCAGUAUGGCCAAGAAGGUCUUCAUCAGCGUUCCAGGAAUGUGGCUUCCACCCGGCAACAGAUCAAUGCUCAAAGCAGCCGAAUGGGCCGGUCUGAAAUCUAACGAAGUUGAACUCAUCUUCGAACCACAAGCGGCGGCUGGUUUCUGGGCACACAGCAUCAAGUUACAUGGACGCACUCAGUACCGACGAGGCGAUCGAAUGAUCCUCUUGGACGCAGGAGGGGGCACCAGUGACCUGGUCACAUAUGAGCUGCAACAGAAUUCGAGCACCGGUCCGGAACUGCAACUCAAGGCAGUGGGAACGGCACUCGGAGGACUUUGCGGCUCCGAAUACGUGAACCAGUGCUUUCUUUCGUGGCUUGAAGACCAACUUCAAACGGUACAUGGUAUGUCUACAGCGGAUGCGGCCAUUGCCUUGGGGUUUUCCCGAGCUCAGUUCAAUGCAACUGCCAAACAGUGUUUCGAGGACAUCAAGCAGAAAGCUUCUAGUCCCAGCACACUUUGGCCACAAGAAUUCCGUGUCAGAGGGCCAGAAAACACCAUUGAAUUUCUUCUCGACGAGACCGAAGUUGCAGCGUUCUCCAAGCCCGUGAUCGAGAACAAUAUCGCAUUGGUAAAUCAGCUUUUGGACGAUCGUGUUCGCGCUGUGGUGGUAGUAGGGGGCUUCGCUCAAUCCGAACAAUUCAUGUUGGAACUCAAAGCGGCCUUCGCACACAAGAAGAUCGACAUACAGCGAGGCGCGAGGACUCCUACAGGAUUUGUCCACGCUGUUGCGCGUGGUGGACUUCUGAAGUACCAUCAAAGCGCCAGACGGAGCCUGGCCUCCGAUGACUGCUUUUUCCUUUCAGAAGAGCAAGAUUUCGCGCCAGAAAAGCACCCAGAUCUGGCCCUCGUAUCAAUCGAGAGGCCGUCCCGCCGCCGGGCUGCGACCAUGAUACCAAACAAGGCCCUCAUUGGAAAAGACCCUCACGACCCCGUGCACUACCUUGCCAAGAGUCGUGUCCGCACCAUUCUUCCCGCCACCGAUCGAGAGCCAGUAAGACACUACUGGCAGCAGAGAACUGUCGAACCUCACGAAAAGACGCUUGCACUUCAGAUAUACUGGUCUAGAGACGCGCGUCCAGAGCAUAGUCCGAUCAUGGUAGCUGGAACUGACGAUACACUCAAAGACGGCAUUGAGAAAUGGGGCCCGCCCCUGUUUGUUGAGCUACCCGACCUCGGGAGUCUUGGGUUCAUUGCCGAGCCACAGAGUCAUGGUACAUCGGCCGUGUACUUUAUUGCUUAUCGUGUGAUUCUGCGUUGGACUCCUGAGCGCAUCUCGGUGAGAUGGGAGAUGGCCAAGCCGAAAUACACGAAAAAAGCACUCAACAACGCUUUUGCGUAUGAGUCGGAGAGACUUCUGCCGGGAAAUGAUCUUGGUGCCGAGCAUGUAAUUGUGUUGUUGGAAGAAGACGAGAUUGCUGAGGAAAACUUCAAUCCUACUCCACGGGAGUAGAAGAUUGCUUGUGUUGGAGAAUCAGCGUAUGACUGCCGCUUUACCAUAGUCACUGCACAGACUUCGCAUUAUGGUGGAAAUCGCGUUGAGCGCGUGUUGAAGAGCAAAUUGGUCUUGUUAUGAUGGUCUCUGCUCCACAGCGAAAUACAAA